CUCUUCCAUUGAACCCAGCAUUCACUCAGCCGUGGCUGCUGGCUUGUUGUGUUCAGAUGUGGAAGGGAACACCUUAAGGAAACGGAUAAGAAGAGCGUCAAAAGUAAUGGAGUCGGAAAUAUUGAAGAUCGUCUGCGCCAAUCAAGGAUCAAUUGACACCGAUGAUUUGAUAUUGAAUCUCGGAUUAGGCGAUUCAGUUUAUGAUGUCAUUAGUAACCAAGAUAAAUUUGCUUUGUGUUGUCCUUACGGGCAGCCGAAGGUGGUGGCCAGGACCAGACUGAAACUGUGUAGAGUCAGAGAGUGUCCGGGAUCAUGCGGGGCGCUGCACCUGUGUAAAAAGUUCCUCCUCACCGGAUCCUGUCCGUACAGGACAGGAUGCAAAUUCUCCCAUGACCUGGACUCUGAUCACAAUGUGAGGUUACUGCGAGUGCACGAGCUGGAGAGUCUGAGCCGGACCGAGCUGAGCACACUGCUGCUGCAGAGUGACAGUUGGCUUCUGCCUGAUAUAUGUCAUAACUACAACAAUGGUGGCGGAGAGUUUGGCUUGUGUCAGGAGGGUUUCGCCUGCAAGAGACUGCAUAUCUGUGAGAGGUUCCUGAACCGCGACUGCAGCUGCUCCAAGGCUCAUUAUUUUAAUGCUCCACAGCCAUACAAGAGCCUGCAGGAGAAAGGCGUGCCUGAAGACCUCACUCAUUCCUUGAAGUCUGUUUAUGCAAACAAAUUGGCUUUGAAGUACACUGACAGAAAGCAACCAAACUCUUCCACCAGGGAAUUCUUUGCCACUCCCAACAAAACUGGGAGAGGGGGAGGUGUUCACCGGGGCAACAGAGGCAACAGAGGCAACAGAGGCAACAGAGGCAGCAGGGGAAAUAGAGGCAACAGGGGCAACAGAGGAAAUAAAGGAAACCCAGGCAACCGUCAACCGGCGCAACGAACCUCUUCCACUGAUGACAUCCUUGCUGAAAUCAACGCCUUAGUUCCGCCCAGCAACGAUGGAAUGAACGAUUGGCUGCAGCUAAACUCUUCCACCAGUGACAUCUCCGUUGCUGCCAACGACACUGAUGCAAGCAGCGACGAUGGUCAGAGCAAAAAACAAAAUCUGAAUAAAACUUCAACAGCUGUCAGGGAGAAAGGCGGGAACAUGGUCAAACCAUCAACCAGUUCCACUAAUGACAACCCCGGUGCUGUCAUCGACGAUGCAAAAACCGAUGACGGGCCGAACAGAAGACAAAGGCAAAGGCCUGCUAGAGAGAAAACUGAGAUCUGCAUGUUCUUCAUCAAAGGAAACUGUAUACAUGAGGAGCGAUGUUUUAAAGCUCACGACAAGAUGCCGUACAGAUGGGAGGUCAGAGAGGACAAUCAGUGGACCGCCUUGACUGAUAAUGAAAACGAGGCGAUUGAGAAGGACUUCUGCGACCCUAAAAACACUUACAGUCAGCACCCCUACAGCACCCCACCUGUGCAUUUUGACACAAUGACCCGUGGAUCGAACAAAGUCCGACGUCUCUCCACCACCAACUCUUUGCUUGAGCCAACCUUCAUCCACACCACUGAGUGGGUUUGGUACUGGGAGGAUGAGUCCGGAACGUGGAACAUGUACGCUUCAGCUGCUGGUGGAGGCAAAGUAUCAGACAUAGACUGUCCUACACUGGAGCAAAGGUUUCUGGACAAUGACACAGAUGUGGUGGAGUUCACCGCUGGUUCCCAGUCCUACUCACUCAGUUUCCCAGACAUGAUACAGACAAACAAGCAGUACGGCACCAAGAGGCUCGUGAAAAGACGUCCGCUGUUUGUCUCUGCAACUGAUGUCAAAACAAAGAAAGUGAGAAGGCCUCUUGGUAUACAAAGUUUGGCCGCUGUACCCGGCCACUGGGACAAGACGCAGAUUCCUCAAACAGGAUACAAGCGAGUCCCCCUGCAGCGCUCCUCGGAUGAAUUUAAGGAGAUUGAAAGUCUUUUCUGUAAAACCAUGCGAGGCUUUGACAUUGUCCAAAUUGAGAGGAUUCAGAACAAAGCUCUUUGGGAAGUCUUUCAGUGGCAGAAAAAUCAGAUGAAGAACAACACCAAGAAACCCUUUGUGGCUGAAAAAAAGCUCUUUCAUGGCACGGACUCUAAAUACGUAGAUGUCAUCUGCCACACCAACUUUGACUGGAGAAUCUGUGGAACUCAUGGAACUCUUUAUGGCAAAGGUAGUUACUUUGCCCGGGAUGCAAAAUACUCCCACAGCUACACCGGUGACUCUGAUGUCAAAUCCUUGUUCAUCUCUCGGGUGCUGGUGGGAGAUUACACCAGAGGGUCCUCCAACUACGUCCGACCUCCUUCCAAGGACGGCGGAGACAUAAACUUCUUUGACAGUUGCGUCGACGACGUUAUAUCCCCUUCCAUCUUUGUUGUGUUUGAGAAGCACCAAAUCUACCCCGAGUACCUGCUGCAGUACAAGACCACACAACCACCCGUCGACUUAUUUGGUUAUGCGUCUGUACCGGCACCCAAACCAGUACCGGCACCCAAACCAGUACCGGCACCCAAACCAGUACCAGCACCAAGACCAGCUCCCCAACCAAUCAGACCAGCUGCCCAACCCAGUAUAUCAGUUUAUCAACCCACCACACCCUCUUACCAACCCAGUACAUCCUCUUACCAACCCAGCACACCCUCUUACCAACCCAGUACAUCCUCUUACCAACCCAGCACAUCCUCUUACCAACCCAGUACAUCCUCUUACCAACCCAGCACAUCCUCUUACCAACCCAGCACAUCCUCGUACCAACCCAGUACAUCUGCCUAUAAUUCCAGAACAGCCUCAUAUCAACCCAGCACUUUGACUUACCAAUCCAGCACAUCCUCUUACCAAUACCAACGCAACAGAAUAGUCAGCCAACCCUCAUCAUCUCCAUCUCCUCCACCUUCCUCACCAAGUCCGAAACCAACGAAGUCUGAUUCCUGCGUCAUUGUUUAGGGACAAAGCUGUAAGACCCAACAACAAGGCCUUUUGGUAAUUAGGCAAUGCUGUCCAUUAGGAGUAGAGCUGCAUUAAUGCAGUAGUGUCCCUUACACUGCUUAUUUAAUUAGAAGAGCGUAUAACAUUAACAUGAUUAAUCCCAUGGAUGAAAACAGUGCAGUAGAAAAAUCUACAGUGAACAGGAAAUAUUAAUGACUGAUCUGCCAAGUUCACAAUAGCCAAGUUUCCAACCAAAUGUAACACAACUUUUAAAUUUCUAUCUGCAAAAGAAAAUGCUAAUUAAUGCGCCUUUCCAUCCACUGCAGUUGGUGGCAUUGUUCUCUAGUUUACUCUAGCGUUGCAGUAGAAGAGGGGCAAGAAGAUGACGUACUGUAAGGCGUCAAACUUCAAAUGAACAAAAACCAUGUUGGAAACGCGACAGAAAUAUAGCAUUUCUGCCGCUGUUUUCUGUCUUCAAUGUAAGCUUAUCACUUACACGUCAUGGUUUAUUCACUUAGUCUGUUUCCAUUGACCAUUGCACUUAUUGAUAUGUGGUUAACAUAAAUAAAUGUAAAAUGAACAAAUUGAUUAAUACAUUUUGCUCAGGAAAACUUUAUAAAUCACAAUUCCAUUUAAAUCCUAAUUUUUAAUGGUUAUAAUCAUAUAUUUAUAUACAUCAUUUUUAGUAAUUAUUGCAGGAUGAGAUGUUGCUGCAAAGCUCCCCAACCAGUAGAGGUGAUAAAAUCCUUGAUCAGGAAUAAAAUAUAAGCCAUAAUAGCUUUAGUAUGAAAUGUGAAGAAAUUAGGUUUUGUAGUGUGUGUGUGUGUGUGUGUGUGUAAGUUGUUUUUCAGAGUGUAGAAUAUUUGAAAGCACCACUUGCAGAUUUUGUUUAAUUUGCUUACACUACGAUUCUACUGCAACUAAAAAUUCCCGUUCCGGUUUGCAAAAUUCUGAUAUUUUGUGCAUUAAAUAAAUAAAUGAAUGUAAUUUUUUUAAAUGAUUAACUGCACAGAAUCACUGUUUUGGUCGGCGUUGGUUACUGUGGGAGCUGCAGUUCCUUCUGUCUUUCUCCGUCGGCCUCCUAAGUAAAUUGAAAACGCCACUAGCGGUCGUUUAUCCUCUUAGUGAAAUGAGGCAGGGCAAAAAAAAUCAUCAGUAUGGCUGCUGGUGCUUCCUGUGACAUUAGGGCUACAACACACACACACACACACACACACACACACACACACACACACACACACACACACACACACACACACACACACACACACACACACACACACACUUUCUCAGACACACAGACACACACAGUAGACCCUAGCAACCGCCUCCUGUUGUUUCCUGACAAACUGCAUUGUGAUUGUGAAUAUGUUAGCAUAUUAAGAUGAGAUUUUACUAUAGUUAUGCACCCUGACUUUUUCAUUGGAUCAUUCUGAAGAAAUGAAACGCUGAAGAAAUGCACCAAUUUACACUUUAGCACAAUAUCAGAGUUAUACUACACUUUGGUAAUGUGUAUCUUUAUGCAGUGAUUUCUGUUUCUGUAUAAGCAUUAAGACCAGAAUGUGUUUUUCCAUUUUAUUGUAUUCAGGCAUUUAGAAACCUGACAUGUACUUUGGUCAGUGCAAAUGUAAAUAAUCCUAACUGAAAAAUUAAUUGAAAUAAACUACUUUGGUACU